AUGCCGCAAACAGAUGCAGCAUCUCAGCAAGCCAGCGCCUACCCGAGCAACAUCCUCCCGCAGUUUCUCUACCUUGGCAGCUAUGACAAUGCGUCAAGAUCAGAGCUCCUCAAGACUGUGGGCAUAACCCACAUCCUGAAUACGGUGCCCUCCUGUCAGCCACUCUACAAAAAUUCCUUCACAUAUCACACAGUCAGCACGUCUCCACCAAGCUUUGAGGAGUGCUUCGAGUUCUUAGAUUCGGUGUUUGCUGAGAGAGAAAAGGAUGGGAAGGAUGUAAGAGUGCUUGUGCACUGCAUGAAGGGGGUCUCACGGUCGCCUGCGAUAGUCAUUGGAUACCUCAUGAAACACCGGAGGUGGCGGCUGUGCGACUCCUACAAAUGGGUCAAGGAGCACAGGACCGCCACACAGCUCACGCCAGCUGAGGUGGAAAGACUGCAGAACUUGGAGAUCCAGCUGCUGGGCUCGACCUCCACUGGAUACACCCCCAGCAGCGCAGCUUCAUCAGGCGGUGGCAGCAACAGCGCUGCUCCCUUUGGCCUGUCCACCCAUGCAGAUUUCCAGUGGGCCUGGCGGGAUGCGCCGGCGCCGCCGCCUGCAACCUUCGUUCCAUCUCCCAUCCAAAGCAUCGGCUUUGCGCAGCAGCAGCCGGGAGGGUUUGUGUUUGGUGGCGGCCGGGCGCAUGACAGCACAGAGCCUGCUAAUAGCGUGGCCAUGGAGUCUUAG